UCAUGCUGCUGCCAAGUCCAGAGUCUCUCAUGGGUCCCUGUACGGCCUCCCAUUGCUGCUGUCUCCAUCGCCACACUCUGCCAUGUGCCACUUUCAGGUCUCCUCACACUGCUGGUGUGUUCCAUUUUUUGUCAUAGGGUGCUGGCAGAUUACGGGCCUCCCAUAGCUGCUGCCAGGCCCCUAAUCUGCCAUGGGCCCCUAUACCGCCUCCUCAUGCUGCUGCCAAGUCCAGAGUCUCUCAUGGGUCCCUGUACGGCCCUCCCAUUGCUGCUGUCUCCAUCGCCACACUCUGCCAUGUGCCACUUUCAGGUCUCCUCACACUGCUGGUGUGUUCCAUUUUUUGUC